AUGCUGGCUUCGUUCCCUUUGUUACUGGCGGUCCUAGCUGGUUCUGCUCUGGGGCUGCCAUACCCAGAUGACCAAAAGCGUGACAAUAUUUAUCCUGUCUACAGCAGUCCAUCUUACACCACGACCUACCCCGUAUACACGACACCCUCCACUUAUUACCCAGUGUACACGACCACUUCCACCUAUUCACCGGUGUAUACGACAACCUCAACCUAUUCGUCAGUGUACGCAUCCAGCUCGACAUACUUCUCCGUGUACAGCAGCUCUUCCACUUAUUCUCCAUACAGCAUACAUCAAACUACAUACACCACUCCGACCAUCUACUCUACGACCACCUACACAACUCCAGUUAUCUAUACCACGACUACAUACACUACUCCCGUCUAUCCCCCGUACACUAGUCCAUCUAUCUACUCGACCACGUACUCAACCUGCCCUACCCCUACCACCGUAACCAGCACAGAGACAAUCUACUCAACAGUCUACUCAACAGUGAGUGCGACAAGCACAUCAACGUAUACCGCAACUUCCACUGCAACUUACACAGCCACAGCUACUGUGACAUAUACCACUACAUCCACUGCGACAUAUACCGCGACAGUCACCUCAACAGCUUAUGUGACGUAUACCACCAGCAGCGUGGUUUACUCUUGCUCCCCCACUUACAGCAUCAACACAUAUAGCAGCUCCGUCUAUUCAACUCCGAUCUAUACAUCCACUUACACUACCUAUACGACGCCGGUGUACACUUCUACCUAUAGCACCUCUAUUUACCCAGUUUAUACUACUUACACUAUCACAACUUACGGUUCUGGGUGGUAA